GCUAAGGCUAAGGCUAUUCUCCCUUUUCUUUAUAUUAUUUUCUGAGUAUUAUCACAUGAAAAUAUUUUAGGAGAUGGAGAAUGAAGAUGGCUAUAUGGUCCUGGAUUCCAAGAAUCGUUUCAAAUCCAGCUCUAAAGAAUGUUCCCUGUAUCCACGGUAUUAUUGUCUUAUGCUAGUAUGUGGCUGCACUGGGAUCCUUAUUAUCAUGAUCACACUGAUUUGCCUGAACUUUUGGGAGGAAAAAAAGGAUUUCUCCCAGAAAGUAAAUAUCAGCCGUCUAGCAGGAAAUAAUCAUGGGUGCCUAAAAGACUGGCUGCUGAACCAAGGGAAAUGCUACAGGUUUUCAAUGCCUUCCAAAACUUGGAAUGAGAGUCAACAUGAUUGUGCAUACCUACAGGCACAUUUACCGGUGAUCCAAAGUUUGAAAGAGCUGGAGUUCAUACAGAAGAGUUUAAAACCUGGAAAUCCUGCUUGGAUUAGACUAUAUAUUGCAUCCCCAGGAAAACAAUGGAUGUGAAUAAAUAAGCACCUUUUUGUGGAAGAAAACAAGUAAUUUUCUCAUGAUUGGACCAACGGAUCACACAAGCUGUGCUGUCACAACAAGAAAUCAGGUGUAUUCUGAAGACUGUAACUCCAACUUUAGUGGCAUUUGCCAAAGAGACGCUGUCUGAACAACAAAAACAAAUCUGUGCAUUUAAACAAAGAUUUGAAGCAAAUGCAUAUGGAUAAUAGUGCCUAUCUUUUUUUUUUUUUUU